AUGAGCCAACAAUCACAAAGCCUUUUAUUACACGCAGCUGCCAUUUAUGCACUUUUUACUGUGUAUGGAAUUUACCAGGAAAAAAUUUCACAUGAAUAUAAAAACAUAAAAUAUUCAUCUUCACUUCUUCCCAUGUUCCUACACAGCCUUGGUGGAAUAUUAGCUAGUAAAUAUUCAUUAUCCUAUAACAAUCAAAAGAAGUCUAAUUAUAAUAGUAAGCUUAUUAUAAAAUAUAUUAUUCUUUCUAUAUUAACAAUAUUAUCCAGUCAGUUUUGGUCUUUAUCUCUUAACUAUCUUUCUUAUCCUACAUUAGUUGUAUCUAAGUCUUGUAAGUUAUUAAGUAUAGCUCUUAUGAAUUUUAUUAUUUAUAGAAAUAAAUUAACAAAGCAGAAAUAUUUUAACUUACUACUAACAACAAUAAGUGUGUUAUUAUUUGCGAUAUCUGACACUAAAAAGAGCAAUUUUUCAUCUAAUAGUUAUAAACGAGUAAUAUUAUUGUUUUUUAAUUUAGCACUAGAAGGAUUUAUAAGUGUAUUACAAGAUAGAAUAUUUAAAGAAUACAGAAUAUCUUCUUUAGAUAUGAUGUAUUCAUUCAAUUUAGUAAGAUUUAUAUUAUCUGUUAUUUUAUUGAUUUUUACAAGAUCACUUGUUUCUUCUCUAAAAUGUAUUUUUACAAAUGUACAUUUUUUCUUGGACCUUUUAGUUUCUACUGCUACUAACGUAUUAGGUCAAGUAUUUGUAUAUUCUAUGAUAGAAAAAUUUGGUACACUAACACUAAAUACAGUAAAUGUUACCAGAAAGAUGACUUCUAUAAUUAUAUCUGUUCUUCUUUUUGGACAUUCAUUAUCUUUUAUACAAGGAAUUUCUAUUAUUGGUGUUUUGUUAUCUAUUUUCUUAGAAUUUAACAAUAAGAGAGAAAAAAUUAAAAAAAUUUAA